AUGGGUGGAUCUCAUCCACCUUCACGGAUCUGGCCGGAGCAGAACUCCGGCGAGCUCCGGCAGGGCGGACGCGACUCCGGCGACGACGGGGAGGCGCGGGGGAGCGGCGGAGGCGGCCGGAGACGCGGCUGUGGACGGCGGGGCGGUUCCCAGCGCGGGGCGGCGAGGUGGCGCAGUGAUGGGCGGCGGCUGCGCAAGUGGUGGCGCGAGGCGGCGGUGGGCGGCGACAAGGCAACGGGCUGCGGGGCGGCGCUCGGCGGAGGGGUCGGCCACGGGCGGAGGGCGCGGCGGCUCCGGCGAGGGGCGCGCGGGGGCGUAGGGUCGGCGGCGACCGGAGCGAUGGGCGGCGGGGCCGGUGGACGGCGGCGGAGCGCGGGCUCCCCUGCGCGCGGGGACGCGGCGGCGGCCACGGGCCAGGCGGCGGCGGCGGAUGGGCUCGCGUGGGCCCUGGAUGGGCUCCGUGGGCCGCGGCGCGGUGGGAGGAGAAAGGAGGCGAGGUGGCGGCUCGGGAUUGGGCGCGGGGGUGGCGGUGCUGAGGGCUAUACACAGGUCCUCAUGGAUGGCGAGCUCCUCCUUCAUCUUGACAUCACAGACACCAUCAGAGAAUGCUAA